AUGAAGUCAUCUCUCCUGCUGUGUCUCAUCCCCGGCUCCUUGGCCGCCACCCUCUACCUGGCCGGUGACUCCACCAUGGCCGCCGCUGGCGGAGGAUCCGGCACCGACGGCUGGGGCCAGUACGUCGCCUCCGACGUCUCCGUCACGGUUUCCAACAAAGCCAUCGGCGGACGCAGCGCUCGCUCGUAUACCCGCGAAGGCCGGUUCCAGGCCAUUGCCGACGUCCUGCAACCGGGCGACUACGUCGUGAUCGAAUUCGGCCACAACGACGGCGGCUCGCUCUCCACCGACAACGGACGCACCGAUUGCCCCGGCACGGGCAGCGAAACAUGCCAGACUGUCUAUAACGGCGUGACGGAGACCGUGCUCACCUUCCCGGCGUACCUGGAAAACGCGUCCAAGCUGUUCCUGAACAAGGGCGCGCAUGUGCUCAUCUCCAGCCAGACCCCCAACAACCCGUGGGAAUCGGGCUCGUUUGUCUAUGAGCCGUCGCGGUUCGUCGGGUACGCCGAGUUGGCCGCCCAGGUGGCCGGCGUGGAUUAUGUCGAUCACGGGGCCUAUGUGGCGAGUAUCUUCGAGACCUUGGGCGCUGGGACGGUCGACUCAUACUUCCCCAACGAUCACACCCAUACCAGCCCCGCGGGAGCGCAGGUGGUGGCGGAUGCGUUUUUCAAGGCUGUCGCUUGCAGCAAUGUCGCGCUGAAGAGUGUGCUGACCACGACUGACUUCCCCGGCGAGUGUCUGUGA